GACGUUACAAGUUGCACUAAACAAUGAUAAUGGAGAAGUGAAGCGGCACUGAACCCAACUGAAGCUAUUGUAGGACUCGGACACAUCGAAUUAAAAAAAAACCUGAGUCGCUGCAGUUCAAGUUACAAUCGCGAACACCUUUCUUGAUUCAAACCAGUGAUGUAUCUCCAAGCAGACAAGCAGUUAACUAAACAGAGAUGUAUCUGUAGUCAAGUCCAGCCCUCUAAUUAAUAUUCAUAUUACAUUUUAGAGAAAGGGACGUGCGCUGCCUCGGGACACAAUACACAUUCUCACCAGCUGUACACGCAUUGGGAAGACACUUAUACAAAUGCACAAUAAAUAAUAAGUCGUUUGUUUUAAACGGCGCGCAUUAAAGUAUUAAAAUCCUAUGUAACAUGUUCCGCGAGUUGACAGUGUGUGAGUGAUGAAUAUUCAGCUGGGCUAGUUCUGGGGUUUGCGUUGGAGUUUCAUGGACAAGUUUAUCUUUCAAGACAUCAUGCAAUUGUAAAAGCCGUCCCUAGCAGGACGAGGGAGGACUGUUUGAAAACUGCGCGUAUCUGAAGAGGAGCCAGGAAUUAGAAAGAUGGAUUUUCAAACUGAAUGGCGCAGAGGUCGGCUGCGCUCUCGACUUCUCUUGGUACUGUUGACUGCGGCUCUUGGGUCUCAGGUGCGAGCAGGGAGAGGUCGGAGGUCGGAGGUCAGAUUGGGUGCCCGGAUUGGUCGUCAGGCUGUCGUGACGGAGUGGGGGUCGUGGGGUCCGUGGAGUGGCUGCUCCAGCACUUGUGGGGAAGGGGUCUCCUUCAGAACUCGGACCUGUUUCGGGUUUUCAGAUGGAGAGGAAUGUCCGGGCGAGCAGCGACAGUACAGACUGUGUUCCCAGCAGCCAUGCUCUCCCAACGCAGGGGAUUUCCGUGCGAUGCAGUGUUCCCUUUACAACAGGAAGCCGAUACUGGGCAACAGGGCUCACUACCAGUGGGUGCCCUUCCUUGGAGCCCCGAAUCCCUGUGACCUGCACUGCUUGGCGGACGGACACAAUUUCUACUACACCUUCGGGAGGGCGCUUGACGGGACGUCCUGCCACCCCCAGGCUGAGGGGGUCUGUGUCAACGGGGGCUGUCUGGUGGCGGGCUGUGACGGGGUCCUGGGCUCUGGCUCGCGGAGGGAUGUGUGUGGAGUGUGCGGAGGCCGGAACGACUCCUGUUACCUGGAGCGUUGCGUGUUCCAAGGCAGGCUUCCCUCCCCCGGUUUCUUCGGCUACAUUAAUGUGACUCGGAUCCCAGCAGGGGCGACGAGCAUCAGAGUGACCGACAGCAGCCGUAAUUACCUGGCGGUGCUGGCUGCUGACCGCCGCUAUCUGCUCAAUGGGGAUUGGCUGAUCGAUGCCCCUGGGGUGUACGCUGGCGCCGGGACCACAUUGCACUAUCGCCGCACUUACGAGAACCACGAGACACUGGAGGCUGAGGGGCCCACUGCAGAGGAGCUACACAUCCUGGUUCUGCCACAGGAGCAGGCCCCAUCGAUUGAGUACGAGUUCUGGCUGCCUCGCGGUCGCUAUGGUGAUUUCCAUGGCGUGUCCAGCCCCUUGCGGCAGGCUGAGGGUGCGGCGAUGGAGGGACCGGCGUCACCAGUCAGUGCGGCUCACCGACAGACCGGCCCUCAAACCCCAGGGAUCCCACACAGCCUGCCUCCAGCAACCCAGACAAGCAAGCCCAGACUCCACAUACAGACAGGCAGAGAUACUGCACAGCACACAGGUACCUGUGGAGUGUGCUGGGCAGCCAAAGGCAAGACCAGACGAGCCCAGCUGUACUGCAGCAGUGAUUUUGUGUUCCGGGUGAAGAUCCUGUCUCGUGUGGUCCAGGGCUUGGAGACGCGCUUGGAGGUGCAGGUGAAGCAGACCUACAAGAACCGCUUCGGGCUGGUGCACCGCGAGUUCGUGUGGCUCCCUGACACCUGCGCCUGCCCCCCUGUGCUGGAGCACCGGGAGUAUGUGCUGAUGGCUGUUCAACAUGUGAACCACGAGCGCACGCUGAACCGCAUCCUGGUGCCGAGCCACGGCUACGCCCGGCUGUGGAGCCCCAGGGAGGACCGGCUGCUCAGGGAGCUGGAUGGACACUGCCGGUAGGGGGGGGCGGAGAGCAGGGAGCGGUCAGGGAGCUGGACGGACACUGCCGGUAGGGGGGGGCGGAGAGCAGGGAGCGGUCAGGGAGCUGGACGGACACUGCCGGUAGGGGGGGGCGGAG